ACACUGAGUGUGAAAUUGUCGGCUAUUUUUGUGACUUUUGGUCUAUUUGUGCCUUAAUUUAUUCGUUUAAAUAAAUAAAAUUCGCAAAUUUCAUUGUAUUGUGAAUAUAAAGAAAACAAGUUGUUGUGUUUUGUACAUUUUUUGAUGUUAAAGAGUUUAAUUCGUUUAAGGGAUCACUAGAAAUAAGAUUGAAAGUUGCACAAGAUUUGUGAAGAAUUUAUGAAAAUAAAUUUAUCAAAUACAUUUUUGAAGAUAAACGUGAAUGGUAAGAACCAUCGAGGCAUAUAAUACUUCCAAGAAUUACCUAAACUACUACAGCGCAUUAAAAACAUUACCAGGAGAGUGUCUGCGAAUUUCAUCACAAUCCACAUCAGCAGAUAAAGCUGGGAAAGGAUUUGUUAAAGCAGGUCUUGCAACAUAUCCCAACUCAAGUAAUAAACUUCCAAUAUGAUUCGAGAUCAUUUUGAAAAUAGCGCUAUAAGCCGGAUAAAACCCUCAGUUAUAACAGUCAAAAACACAACUAUAAGUAACAACGGAUCAGAAGAUACCUAUGUAAAUUUAGGCCAUCAUCCGCAGUCGGAAGUGUUGCAACGGUUUCUGAAUCGACCCGAAGAAGAAAUGAAAUACAAUAGUGUGUUAAAUCAAUUGGACAUUUUCGCCUCCGAUGCGAAUUCGGGUUAUGAACAAUUGAUCCGGUUAGAAAAAGUUAAACCUUUACCUUUGACUCCGGAAAAUUAUCCCAAUAGUGUUCUUGCUAGUGAAUAUUCAUGCAGCUCUAAUCAAACUAACAAAGAUACAGUCAUGGAAGAUAUAAUUCCGGUUUCAGACGCCUCUAAUCCACCGGAAGAUUUGAAUAAAGAGGAAGAUGUGAUACCAAGUGAUGAACCAUAUUCAUAUCUACAGGGAUUAAAUUCCGAUAAUCUUAUGGCAUUUAGUCAGCAAUCAGCCAUACAGGAGUUACUACUUAAGGAGCAAUUGGAUGUGAAAUCUAAUUUGGAUAUUUUACCAACAUUUGAGGAGCAUGACAACGGUGGCUAUAAGUUUGAUAUUCAAGUUGGCACCAACCGUAAAACAAAAAAGACUUGGAUGUAUUCUUCCAAUCGUAAAAAACUAUAUAUACGCAUGCACGAAAUAUUUACCUUGGAAGCGGUUUAUGCACCCAAAUUGCCUUUGCAGCAGCUACGCGUGCGAGUGCUGCUGAGCUUUAAGAAUGAAGUUAGCGAGCCGGUGUUGCGUUGUCAAAAUCAUUUAAGCAAGGAUACUGAAUCAAACCAGACCAGACGAGAGAGCUUAUUACGCUGUGAGAAUCCUACCGCUGAGUAUUGUGGCACAUCUGAGGGUAAAAAUAUUAAUGAUCGUUAUUCAAUUAUAUUUCCGUUGGGCUUGAGCGUUAUGCCAAGGAAUGACUGUCCCAUUUCACAAACGAUCGCCAUCAAGUUCACGUGCCAGAAUUCCUGUAUUGGGCGCAGGGAGACAAGUUUAAUAUUUUUACUAGAAGGCAUGAGUGGUGAAAUACUAUCCCAACGUGUCAUGGAUGUGAAAAUUUGCAGUUGCCCCAAGCGAGACUACGAAGCUGAUGAACGCAAUUGUGCACGUCCAUCCAAGCGGAAAGCGAAUGAUAUAGAAAGCAGAAAGCAGAAAAUAGCGAAAGUGGAAAAUGUAACCAGAAAACCUGCGAAAAUAUCCAUCAAAGAUGAGGAUACUAGUAGUGAUUCUGAUAACAGCGAUAGUGGUAUUAGCAUUUCACGCGAUUUAGACUUGCAGCUUACGCCAAGCGGUGAAUAUCGGCUUUCAAUUACGCUUGAGAAGGAUCUAAUGGAGCAAAUAAUUCAAAAUGUUAAUCAAGCGGUGGCGCUGAAAAUAUAUAAAGAACCCCAACAAGCCAAGCAUUACAACAAAAUGUGCCGCCAACUGUUGUGGUAUAGUGAGAAGUUUCAGCGAAAAUAGUUAAGUUAGUGUUGUUUUAGCUUAUAUAGUUUUAAGUUAAAAAAAUCUAAGUAUGUGCCCUGUCAGUAGAAAGUAUGCAUUUAUUUCAUGAAUGAAAUAUUUGACAAUACACAAAUUUAUAAAUUGGAAUUGAGUUUUAGUUUGUGUUAUUUUGUUUUUGUUGUAUGUUAAGCUUUUGGAAAAAUGUUAAUUCCAUACAUGAGUGCAUAUCUAUGUUUAAAUAUCUUUCUUUUUCUUUUACUGUACUUUAUGUUAACCAAUUUUCGUUUAUGUACAAAAAUGUAUAAAUAUCUGCCCGAUAUUCCUUAAUUUUAGAGUAUUAUAUUUGGUUAAUCGAAAUACUAGUAAUAUAUAUAUAUAUAUAUUUGUAAAAGAAUGAAUUUUUUGCUUUUAAUAAUUAAUUGUUUUGAGUUGAACUCAAAGUGGCAUCACAAGUUUUCACAUUAAAAUAAACAUCAAUUUUGCAUUAAAA